GAAGCCUCGUCCACUGCUCCUUCUUCUUCCUUUAGUCAUCAUGAAGAUCGUGGUUUUAUUGGGCCUUGUGGCUGUGGCCGCUGCUGCUUAUCUACCUUAUCCACAUGGAGAAUAUACCAACAGUCUUUACGUGCCACAUCCAGUCGCCUACCACAAGCCAUACGUCUACCCUGCAGCCCCUCACUACCUACCCUCCUUCUACCCUUCCGUUCAUCCAGCAGUCAUUUUCGGUCACGGAUACCAACACCCGUCCGGCUUCGGACUGGGGCAUCCUUUCUACCCCUAUGUGCCAAGAACUGCUCCGGAAUCCACGACUGAGGAACCGUCCACCGAGGAACCCGUCACAGAGGUUCCUGAGGAAUAGGCAGUUUGGUUCAAGAACAUCUGAUACCACUUGGCAUCGAGAAGUCUUUGGCUAUCAGUGUAGGAUUUUAAUAAAGAAACAAAAAUGCAAAGCAUAAGCGAAGCUUUAUGAUCUUGUUCUCAUCUCUGGUAGCUGGCGACUUUUGAGUUUUUAACUAUGAAAUGAUAAAGUUCAAGUUGAUUGA